UCAGUUCCUAGGCUCGGGAGUGCGCUGGAGCGCGUGAGCCGCUGGAGCGCGUGAGCCGUGCUGUGCUUCUUUUCAGAGGCGUUUAGAGAGCGGACACAGCAUCAGCAUCGCGAUGAAGAUGUUAAACAUCGCCUUCAGAAUAUUCCGAAGAGACCUCCACUCUGUCGGAAUAAUUGGAGCACCUUUUUCUAAAGGACAGCCCAGGGAUGGUGUCCAGCUGGGACCAGAUGUGAUUCGGGAAGCUGGACUGGUGAAGAAACUAGAAGGCCAAGGUUGUGUGGUGAAGGAUUAUGGUAAUUUAAUAUUUGAAGAAGUGUCCAAUGAUGAGCCCAUCGGGAGGACAAAACAACCCCGGGUGGUUGGUCUUGCCAACAAAAAGGUUGCCGAUGCUGUGCAGAGAGUUAAGACUGACGGCCAAACUUGUGUAAUGCUUGGAGGAGAUCACAGUUUAGCAGUUGGUUCGAUCCAUGGUCAUGCAGCCUGCAGACCUGAGCUGAGUGUAGUGUGGGUGGAUGCCCAUGCUGACAUCAACACACCUCUAACCAGUCCAACAGGAAACAUCCACGGGCAGCCCAUGUCCUACCUCAUCCACGAGCUAUGCACUAAGAUUCCUGUCAUGCCAAACUUUUCAUGGAUAAAGCCUUGCAUAGCAGCAAAAGAUGUAGUGUACAUUGGACUCAGAGAUGUAGACCCAGAGGAACAUUACAUCCUGAAACACCUGGGUAUUAAGACUUUCUCUAUGACAGAGGUAGAUGGUCUUGGAAUUGCCAAGGUUAUGGAACAGAUGUGUGAUCAUAUAUUUUCAAAGAUAAAAAAACCCAUCCACCUGAGUUACGAUAUUGACGCCCUGGAUCCCUCAGUGGCACCAGCCACAGGAACUCCAGUGAUAGGCGGCCUGACAUACAGAGAGGGCAUCUACAUCACUGAGUAUUUGUGUCAAACAGGGCUCCUGUCUGCUAUUGAUGUCGUGGAGGUGAACCCAAAGCAAGCCAAAAGAAAGGAAGAGGUUCACUUUACAGCCAAUGUGGCGGUGGAUCUCGUGUUAGGCUGUUUUGGACGAGUGCGUGAAGGAUCACACCCAGCCAAUUACAAAAUCCCAGAACCAUAAGUGCAAAAUGUCCAUAUUCAGACUUAUUCCUGGAAAUCUGUUUAUUUCAUGCAUGCUACAAGAUUAACUGUAGUAAAACAAGUAGACCUUGACACAAACAGGAUCGACAGAGAUGCCUCCCCCACCACCAAGUCUAGUCUGUCUUGUAACAAUUUUUUAUGUCUCAAAUAUCCUUAAAAUGCACUUCAAACAGGAAGCAAGCUAUUGAAAAAACCUAUUUCAGACAUCAGGCCUUGUUGUGACCUAGACCCUGUUUGUUUCAAUUCAAAAAUCCAAUCAAUUCAACUAUAAAUUCUACAAACCUUCAACCACUCGUUCUUGAGACUGUGCUAAAAAGUAUUGCGGCUGGACAAGACAGACCACCUAGUGGUGGAAACAUAAUAUGAAAUACACACAAUCAUUUUUAUUACUUAUUUUUAUUCAAUUACCCAUAUAUGAGUGUUUAUUUCUCUUGUGGUAUUUCACUGUUGACAGAUUUGGUGGAAAACUUUAACAGAAUAAAAGCAUACAAACAGAUAACUAGA